AUCGCAUCACUAAUCACUAUGCAUAGCCUAUGCUAUCUAUGCAUAUGGACAGCAAUUUUGCAUUCUUUCCUUGGGCAAGAACUAAAAGAUGUCUUUCACUACUCGUUUUCUUUAUUCUUUCGUAUAUUUGCUGUUUGUAAUACCAUUUCUCUGCCUCCUGCGAGGGCUGCCUGCUAAGAACUCUCUCAAAAAGCUGAACUCCAUUUUAGAGGGAAUCAAAAAGGGACAAAUAGCUCACAGAGGUGGCAUUCCCGAGAAUACACUGACUGCCUUUAGAAAAUCAAAGAGAACCGGAGCCACCACAGUUGAGGUUGAUCUUCAAAUGACUAAAGAUGGUCAUCCUGUUUUAUUUCAUGAUGAUGAAACCGAUGAACUCUGUAAUGGCUCUGGCCAACUCAAAGACAUGACAAUGGAAGACGUUAAGAUACUUGAUAUAAAAGGUUAUCCUGAUGCUAAAAUACCCACACUACAUGAAGCUAUAGAUGUCAUUAAAGAGGAAGACAUGUACAUGCUCCUAGAAAUAAAGGACUACAACAGCCAAACCCUGAAUAUCAUUACUAAUCUUUUUAAAAAUGAUGAUCACUUGUAUGAGAGGAUAAUCGUCAUCUCUUUUUUCCCUCAUAUCAUCUAUCAGGUAAAGAGGUCUGAUUCUAACAUCAUGGUAGGCCUUGUAGUAAUGCAGACAUUACUGGUGGAUGAAGCUGGUCCACUCUAUGCUAAAUGGAAGCUGAAGUUGCUGAGUGUUUUUGACUAUAUAAUAGGGAAGAUAAUGAUUGGUUCCUUUGUACGAAAGCUAAUCGGUUUGAGUCUCAUUCUACCUGACAAAGAUGAUAUAAUAUUGAAAAGAAUUGAUAUCAAACAUUUAGAGGAAGAAGGUGUGAGGCUGAUAACGUGGACCGUUAAUUCAGACGAAGACAAGGAAUAUUUCAAUAACAAUCUCCAUCAUAUACCAUACAUGACUGACCAUGUCACAUCAUCCCAUUCCCCUCAAUAAUUAUUAUAUUUUUAUCUAGAUUGCUGGCAUAUUUUAAAUACUUUUUACUUUUUUAAAAGCAACAAUAACCGUCACAUCAUCCCAUUCCCCUCAAUAACUAUUAUAUUUUUAUGUAGAUUGCUGGCAUAUUUUAAACACUUUUUACUUUUUUAAAUUAACAAUGACCGUCACAUCAUCCCA